AAAGUGGUGGGGUAAAUGUCGGUUGCGUUUCAGACAUUUAACUAAUUUGAAGUCACUCUGCUAAAUGACUUUUAACGACUAAAACAGCACAUUUAAUCGUCUGCGGGUGCGUCAACGGGGCAUAAUAGUUUUUCAGCUUGUCUAGAAACGUAAAUACUCGUCCCCGGUUUUAAAAUAGACAAAACUUGGGUGAUAUUCAGUUUUUAAUUACGCGUGGGGUUGUGUAAAACAUCUAUCUAAAAUGUUCGAUCAAGGAAUUAAUGUGCUUCAACCGAAAAAGUUACAUGUGCAAAGGAACUUAUUCAAAACGCCACGAUUUGGUGAUAGGGGUAUCGUUGAAAAUUUUGAUCGCUAUAUACCGAGGAGGGCCGGAAAUAACUGGGAGACUACUUUUGGAACGAUACAGGAAGUUUCUCAAGGAGGUUCCUCAGGGAAAAAAUCAAGGGAUAAUGGGGAGGCUUCGCGAGAUAGUUCCGUUUAUAAUUGUUUGUUAAAAAAUGAACUGUUGGGGGAGAGUAUUGAAAAUAUUAAGAUGCAAUGUGAUGAGAGGCAAACCAUGACUCCAAUUAAAACAAGAAAAUUGUUUCAGUAUGGUACACCAAAGAAUGAAAAUACACCUCAAAAACAUCCAACAAGUCCUUAUUCAGUAUCCCCGUUAAGUCAAAGUAGUCAAAGACUUCUUCGGUCACCCCACAAAGCAACAAGAAAAAUUUCCCGGAUUCCAUUCAAAGUACUCGAUGCUCCGGAACUUCAAGAUGAUUUUUAUUUAAAUUUGGUGGAUUGGUCGGUCCAAAAUGUGCUUAGCGUAGGGUUGGGAAGUUGCGUUUAUUUAUGGUCGGCAUGCACUAGUCAAGUAACGAGACUUUGCGAUUUAUCAGGGGAUAAUAAUGCGGUUACUUCGGUGGCGUGGAGCGAAAGGGGCCAUUUAGUCGCCGUUGGUACUCACUUAGGAUAUGUAACGGUUUGGGACGUUGCCGUUAAUAAACAAGUUAAUAAAUUGAUGGGGCAUUCGGCGAGGGUGGGCGCUUUAGCAUGGAAUGGGGAUGUUUUAAGUUCCGGAAGUAGAGAUCGAUUUAUCUUACAAAGAGACACAAGAACACCACCUUCUAUUAUUGAAAGAAAACUGGUUGGUCAUCGCCAAGAAGUUUGCGGUUUAAAAUGGUCACCAGAUAAGCAAUAUUUAGCGUCUGGAGGGAACGAUAAUCGACUGCAUGUUUGGAAUAUGCAGUCAUUAAGCUCAGUACAAACAUAUACAGACCAUUUAGCCGCUGUUAAAGCCAUCGCUUGGUCACCCCAUCACCACGGAUUAUUAGCUUCCGGCGGAGGGACUGCCGAUAGAUGUAUUCGAUUUUGGAACACUUUAACGGGACAACCGAUGCAAUGUGUCGAUACGGGUUCUCAAGUAUGCAAUUUAGCUUGGUCAAAACACAGUUCGGAAUUGGUCUCGACGCAUGGUUACUCGCAAAAUCAAAUUUUAGUGUGGAAAUAUCCAAGUUUAACUCAAGUUGCGAAAUUAACCGGACAUUCGUAUAGGGUGCUUUAUUUGGCUUUAUCACCGGAUGGCGAGGCGAUAGUGACAGGGGCUGGAGAUGAAACAUUAAGAUUUUGGAAUGUUUUUAGUAAAGCGCAGUCACAAAAAGAAACGCGUAGCGUAUUAAGUUUAUAUACUGGGAUACGCUAAUUAAAAUUAAUUAAUUAAAGAUUUAUUUAAUGACUGAGAACAAAUUUAGG